CUUUCGGAUUGGGUUCGUCUUCUUUCUUUCUCUGGAACUCGUCGCCAAGCGAGUCGGCUAUCAAAACCCCCAUUCCACCAUUUUUACCUUCUCUUUGCUUUCUCUCUCUUCAAAGUUCCCUCUUUUAGAUAGAUAGAUAGAGAGAGAGAGAGAGAGAGAGAGAGAGAAACUGCAACCAAGCAAAGCAAGCCCUACUUUCUCUAUCCAUGAAAGUUGCAGAGUGAAUUUUCUUCCUAUCCAAACAGAAAAACAAAAAAAAAAAAAAAAAGAAGGAAAAAAGAAAGAAUUUCCAAGAAAAUGUCUCACGCAGUGUUCCAAACGGCCCAAAUUAUGCCCAUUAACACGCAGCUACCCGUAAAGCACAAUUCUUUAUCAUCGGUUUCGUUGUCUUCGCCGAAACUGGUAUGUCCUAACCAGCUGGUCACCGCCCAACCGGCGGGCGGUAAGCACCGACGAGGAGGUCCGGUGGUGAAGGCGUUUGUGGCUCCUCCUCCUUCAUCUUCAUCUUCGUCUUCUUCGGGAGGGUUGGUGGAUGGGGACUCCAUGACUUUGUUGGAAAGGUGCUUUGCGGCUCCAUCGGUUUCUGGUGGCGCUCCUGCGUCUUCAAGUUUGGGUCCUGUUAUGAAGGGACAGUACGGUGCAUUUGGUGCGGUGACACUUGAGAAAGGAAAGCUCGAUAUGUCUCAGAAGCAAUCCAAGUCCAGUCCCGAGACUGCCGUUGGGGGAGGUGGUGGAGAUAUUGGAAAGAAAAUUAAUCAUGGUGGCGGUGACGGUGGUGAUGACGAUGGUGAUGAUGAUGAUUAUUUUGAUGACUUCGACGAUGGUGAUGAGGGAGAUGAGGGUGGCCUAUUUAGGAGAAGGAAGUUUCUUGAGGAGCUUUUUGAUCGGAAAUUUGUAGAUGCGGUCUUGAAUGAGUGGCAGAAGACAUUUAUGGAUUUGCCUGCUGGGUUCCGACAAGCUUAUGAAAUGGGAUUAGUGAGUUCCGCUCAAAUGGUAAAAUUUUUAGCAAUCAAUGCCAGGCCAACUACUACUAGGUUUAUUUCCCGGUCACUUCCUCAAGCAGUUUCGAGGGCAUUUAUUGGCAGGAUGCUUGCAGAUCCUGCCUUUUUAUAUAAGCUUCUCUUAGAGCAGGCUGCUACAAUUGGUUUCUCAGUUUGGUCGGAGCUUAAGAAUAGGAAGGAUAGGAUAAAGCAAGAAUGGGAUCUGGCACUUGUAAAUGUGCUUACGGUUGCAGCAUGCAAUGCUAUUGUUGUUUGGUCGCUUGCUCCUUGUCGUUCAUAUGGGAACACAUUCCGGUUUGAUUUGCAAAAUACAUUGCAGAAGCUCCCAAACAACAUAUUUGAAAGGAGUUAUCCCCUGAGGGAAUUUGAUCUACAGAAGAGAAUACACUCGUUCUUCUACAAGGCUGCCGAGUUGUGUAUGGUUGGGCUAACUGCUGGAGCAGUGCAAGGUUCUUUAUCAAAUUAUCUGGCCAGUAAGAAGGAGGGAAGGUUAUCUGUGUCAAUACCAAGUACAAGCACUAAUGCACUUGGUUAUGGUGCUUUCCUAGGACUUUACGCUAACAUGAGAUAUCAGCUCUUAUGUGGAUAUGACAGAGCAAUGUUCAACCAUUUUGAUGUCAUUGGAGUGGCUCUGUUUUUCAGCACAGCCUUGAGGGUAUUGAAUGUUCAAUUGGGAGAGGCAUCUAGAUUAGCUUGGCUUGGGGUUGAACCUGAUCCACUAGCUCACUCGGAUGAUCUUCUGAAAGUUUACAACAGGCCUUCUCAGGAUGCGGAUCAACUGUCUUCCAAAUGGUUUAUUUCUAAGAGCGCCAUUGUUUCUGGGCUUGGACUUCUUGGUAUCAAACAAGGGAAUGUUGACUCUGUAGCUGAUGGGGAAUCACCAGCACCUAGGGCACGUAGGAAGAGAAUUGUUAGGAAGAAGGUGACCACGAGUUCAUAAUGCUAAAUGAUGUAUUUCGCCGUAGUCCAAUUUUGUCACUGGAAGAAGUAGCUUGCUCGUGAAUAUCUUUAAAAGAGAAGCAGCUAGGAGGUGUUGCAGUAGAAAUUUCUGCAUGUUCGCGUUUUAGAUGCUGCCAGAUCACAAAAGAAAAAUCACCACAAUGAGAAGAAUAUGUGGGGAAUAUCCGUAGUUUUGCUUUUUUCUUUUUCAAACUAAACUUCACUUCUAUUGAUUCUAACUAGGUUGUAAUAUUGUUUUCCAAAUAGAAUCUUCAUCCAAUAUUUUUCCAGGGAA